UAUGUUAUUUUCCCUCUACGUGGGAUUCUGAAUGGUAUGACAGCGGAAUGGGAAAUGUUACCCUCGACAGAAAUACCUAUAGCGUCCUCUCAGGCUGGACUUUUACCGUACAUGGAACACAAAUGAAAUCUUGGACCUGUCAAAAUCAAAUUAAUAGCACUGGCACCAUGCUUUUUAAAUCUGACCAGUUUGUUGAAAUAAACUCUGAGAAGUACAAUGUCUUUAGAUGUAUUAGAUAUACACGACUUACAGAUUAUUCUUACAUGUAUUACGUUCUGAACGAUAUGGAGACUAAUGCAGGCAAUCAUCGGGUGCUUGUUGAAAAAUACGACCCUUCUGUCAACAGCUGGGACCCUGCUACGUACUGUAAUCCAACAAGUGCCCCCGGGAAGGAGGAGUACCACGUGCUUGUCAAAGCUGGAUUUACAAAUGAAGUAAAACAAUGGUGUCCCAUCCCACUGUUGGGAAAGUUUACCUACCAACACAACGACGGAUCCAGUGUCACGUGUUCCUCUUCUUCUGACGUCAAAGUGUGUCCUGAUUGGACAACUAUGACCUUCAACUACAGCUUAUGUAGCUCUGUCCAAUCAUUUUCCCAAGAAGGAGUUGUCCAUUGCAUACACACAAUAACAUCCGGUUCUACGUAUUAUGUCACUGUUUUUAAUCCUGGAUUUGUGGAUGGGACACAGUAUCACAGAUUUUCCUGCUACGCUUUGGUAUCGAGUGGUACUACAGUACAGAUGAGUGACAGCGCUGGAAGUUGUGAGAGGGGACAAUCACCGACCGUUAAACAAUCUGACGGCAGUGGAACCCUGACUCUCACAUCAUAUGUGUUUUUAGAUGGGUCCUGCACACUGCCUGCAGACUGGGAUGGUGCGUGGUUAGAUACUGAAAAAGACAGCAUAUCUUUUGAUCAUUCGAGUAACAGAGUAACCAGCGGCUGGUCCAUUACAGCUUAUAAUAAUACAGUAUCUGCAUGGACAUGCCAUAAUGACAACACCACCAAUAACUACCUUUUGUUCAAAGCUGAUGAUUUAAUGGAUGUCGCUGGUACCAAGUACAAUGUGUUCCGCUGCAUAAAAUGGAAAAAGCUUACUACCAACUCGUACCGUUAUUAUAUCCUAGAUGACGUAAACGUUGCUGCCAUUAACGAUCGGGUUCGUGUGGAGACAUAUGACCCCACGGUAACCACGUGGAGUAUUGACACUUACUGCUCCCCUACAUCCGGCCCGGAUCUAGAGGAGUACAACGUCAUAGUCAGACAAGGGAAAGAAUCUGAUGUAAAACAAUGGUGCCCCAUACCUCUACUUGGCUCGUUUUCAUAUUCACACAACGAUGGUACCACUGAUACUUGUGCAACGAAUUCUCUACUUAGUGUUUGUGAGGCAUGGACAACGAUGACAUUUGAUUAUACAAAGUGUUCGAAAAUCCAAGCCUUCUCAAGUGAAGGCAUUGUUCACUGUAUUGAUACGGUCCAGAAAGGUCCCGUUUAUUACACCUCUGUGAUCAAUCCAGGAUCUGUAAAUAAUGUUACCACCAAGAGAUUUACCUGCUUAUCUUUCAGUGAGUCCGGGGAUAUUCUGUAUAUGAGUGACAACGCAGGAGGCUGUUCCAAAGAUCAGACACCAACAGUAACACAAUCAGAAGGCAGUGGCACAUUAACAUUGACCAGACAAUCUUCCUGUUAUGGCACCUGGUGUUCUCUGCCAAGUGACCUUGUUUCUGAUUGGUUCGACAGCGGCAAGGGCAAUUUUUCUUUCGCAAACUCCUCCGUAUCUGGAUGGGAAUUAUCAGCAUACGGAGAUCACGUGUCAUCGUGGACCUGUCAAGACAAUACAAACGGACUAUAUUUAUUCAAAGGUGACAACAUUCUCGAUACAAGCAGUGGAUACAAGAACGCUCUACUUUGUGUUGACAUGAAGAAACUCACGCCUUAUUCCUACCAAUAUUAUAUCAGAUCAGACACCGAUUCCAGUGCAAGUAAUUUGAGGGUAUACAUAGAGACACACAACUCUUCAGUGAUGUCAUGGAAUACCUCAGAUUACUGUACCCCAACAUCUGGCCCACAAGUAGAGGAGUAUCAUGUAAUUGUCAGAAAAGGCUAUAAAAAUUCGGUGAAACAGUGGUGCCCGAUUCCUCUUUUGGGGAAUUUCACAUACACGCACAAUGACGGCACGACAACCACGUGUAGCGGAAAUUCAGGACUGACAGUCUGUACGAGUUGGACGACAAUGGAAUUUGACUAUGCAAAAUGUCCCACAAAACAAGCAUUCUCAAGCGAAGGGCAGGUACACUGUAUACACAGUACAUAUGAAGGAUCAACAUUCUAUGCAACAGUACUCAAUCCAGGAAUCGUGGAUGACGUAAACUAUUACAAAUUUACAUGUUAUGCGAUAUCAUCUACAGGGGGUUCUGUGUAUAUGAGUGAUAGUCGUGGAAUGUGUGAAGCAGGACAAACGUCAACUGUCAAACAAAGUGAUGGUAGCGGCACUCUAGAACUGACCUCUUCCGAAAACUGCUAUGGAUCCUGCAUUUUUCCUUUGGAUUGGGACGGCAAAUGGUACGACAGCGGAAACGGAAACAUUACAUUUGACAACUCUACAUCAAUGAUCAGUACGGGUUGGUCAGUAACAACUCAUGGUGAAACACUGAAUUCCUGGACGUGUCUUGCUAGUAACGCAACGGCAAGAUUUCUGUUAUUUAGAGCUGACAGAUUUGUUGAAUCAUCCGGAGUUCCUCAGAACGUAUUUAAAUGUAUAAGAUGGGAGAGAAUAUCGGAUAAUUCCUAUAUAUAUCAUAUAAUGGCAGAUAAGCUAGGGAGCGGUGAUAGAUUAUAUAUAGAACCUUACGAUUCCUCUAUAACUUCCUGGUCAGCUGAUGCGUAUUGUAAUCCAUCGUCACCCCCGCCUGCAGAGGAAUUUCAUACCCUUGCGAAAGAAGGUAAAGAAUCAGAAGUGAAACAGUGGUGUCCUGAGCCACUCAGAGGGACGUUUAGUUACUCCCACAAUGACGGAUCAUCCGUUACAUGCUCCUCCAACUCGGACCUUUCUGUGUGUCCAGAAUGGACAACGAUGACAUUUAACUAUGCACAAUGCUCAACAAUACAGGCCUUCAGUCAAGAAGGCAUUGGUCACUGCGUGUAUUCUAAAUUAGUGGGUGCCACUUACUUUGUCUCCGUUCUGAAUCCUGGAAUUGUCAACAGCCCAACUUACAGUAGAUUUACCUGUUAUGCUGUAGGUGAGAGCGGAAGUCAGGUGUUGAUGAGUGACAAUGCUGGGAGCUGCUCCUCUGGACAGAGUCCUUCUGUAAAACAGAGUGCUGGUAGUGGGGUACUGACAAUGACCCUGAAAGAUUCUUGCUUGUCCGUGGAUCCUCGGUGUCUUCCUGGACCUGUCAGACAAACACCGGACAGCAACCUCCUUCUCUUCUUGGCUGAUCAACAAAUUGACAUUUCUGGAACUAAAUACAACGUCUUCAAAUGUAUACAAUAUGAAAGGAUAACAGAUUUUUCAUAUAAAUACUACAUUUACAAUGAUCGAGAAACCAGCGCGGGAAACUCCAGACUCACACUAGAAAAAUACGACCCAUCAGUGAAUUCAUUCAAUAUGUCUGCACUAUGUAGUCCGAGUUCACCGCCUCCCCCGGAAGAGUUUCACAUCAUCGUCAAAAAGGGAUAUGAAAAUGUGGUGGGUCAAUGGUGCCCAAUCCCUCUUAUCGGAGCUUUUAAUUAUAAACACGACACUGGAAGUGUUGUCACAUGUAACCCUGCAUCUAACCUGGACGUUUGCACAAACUGGACAACUCUUUUGUAUGACUAUACGAAAUGCCCAACAGUACAAGCAUUUUCAGCUGAAGGAAUGGUAGAAUGUCUCUACACGCAAAUUGUUGGAUCUACUUAUUAUGUAUCUGUCUUCAACAACGGAACUGUAGACUACAGCACCUAUCAACGUUUUACUUGUUUGGCCUUGGAGGAUACUGGAAGUAUCUUGCGGGUCAGUGACAGUGCAGGAAGUUGUAAUGUUGGACAAUCUCCAACUGUUAAACAAACUGAUGGAUCGGGAACCUUGGAAAUGUCUCCAAAACAAUCCUGUUAUGGAAAUUGUACACUACCAUCCGCUUGGGAUUCUAACUGGAUAUAUAGUGGUCAUGGUCAAAUUCUGUUCAACCAAUCGGAAGCUCGGAUUGUAUCGGGAUGGUCAGUUACAGUAUAUGGUACCACCGUAUCUUCCUGGACCUGUCACGCUUCUAAUUCAACUUCAUCCUCCAACUCCGGAAUGUCCCUCUUUAAAGCAGAUACAACGAUUUCUUACAAUGACAAACGAUACAAUGUUUUCCGUUGUAUUGAAUGGACACAAAUCACAAACCAUUCAUUUUCUUAUUAUGUUCGACAAGAUGAGAGCAGUCUAGCAAGUAAUCAACGUUUUCUUGUGGAAGAGCACAGUCCUUACGUGACGUCAUGGGAUCUGGAAACAUACUGCAGACAGACUAGUUCCACGCCAAUAGAGGAAUACCACGUAUUAAUUCAAGAAGGAUACGAGUCUGACGUGAAGCAGUGGUGCCCCGUUCCACUUAGAGCCACAUUUAACUACACCCACGAUGAUGGCACCACCGUCACGUGUGGUGGUGGUUCUAAUCUCAGUCUGUGCCCAGACUGGACAACAAUGACCUUUGAUUACAACCGCUGUCCCACUGAACAGGCCUUCUCAAAGGAGGGAGUCGUUCACUGCGUCCAUUCUGUAUUUGAUGGAACGUCGUUUUACACAACUGUUCUUAAUCCAGGAAACGUUACACAGCCAAACCAUCAUCGAUUCUCUUGCCUUGCAAUAAAACAGGAAGGGUCUACUAUAUACAUGAGUGAUAGUAUGAACAGCUGCAACAAGGGCCAGGAUGCUAAAGUUAAACAGGCCGAUGGAUCAGGAGUUUCUACUCUUUUGGUAAAUGGUUCCUGUUACGGGUCAUGUACUUUCCCGCCUUUUUGGGAUGGAGAAUGGUAUGACAGUCUCCAUGGCGACAUCACGUUCGACAGUUCUCUCAGUAAGGUUGCAGGAUGGGAAUAUAACGCCUACAACCAAAUGGUGACACCUUUCACUUGUCAGUCAGAAAACACCACCAGCAAUCAGCUCCUCUUCCUGGGUGACAACAGGAUCACUGUAUUUACUCGAACUUUUAACGUGUUUGUCUGCAUUCAGUGGAAGAAAAUAACAGAUUACUCCUACUAUUACUACGUAAUCGGAGAUGAAGAACCAAAUAUAUCCGGCAAUAGGCGUGCCAAAGUGGAAAUAGAUGACCCCUCUGUUACAUCAUUCUCUACGUCAACAUACUGUCAGGCAACUUCCGGUCCCGAUUUUGAAGAGUACCAUGUCUUGGUCAAGAAAGGGUAUGAGGCCCUUGUAGUCCAGUGGUGUCCGACUCCUCUGCUGGGGAGAUUUACUUACGUUCACGAUGAUAGCACCACCAGCUCAUGUUCCUCGUCUUCAGAGCUACAAGUUUGUCCCACCUGGACAAGGAUGAAGUUUGACUACACAAAGUGCCCCAACAAACAGGCAUUUUCUGAUGAAGGUGUGGUAGACUGUGUUCAAACAAUAAAGAAAGAUGCAACUUACUUCACCACCGUUAUAAACAAUGGGACUGUUGAUUACAAUAAUUAUUACAGAUUCAGUUGCCUGGCUAUAACCAUCUCUGGAGGUUCAGUUUAUGUAAGUGACAGUAAAGGUAGCUGUCAGAAAAAUCAAACUUCCACAAACAAACAGACAGACGGUAGCGGUACACUUGUGCUAACAAAACAAGAGAGUUGCUACGGUAACUGUACGUUUCCAUAUACCUGGGAUGGCGGAUGGUAUGAUAGCAGUAUGGGUGACGUCACCAUGAGUAACACCUCCCUAGCCAUAACGUCAGGGUGGUCUGUCAAUUAUCUUUCUGUUCCUGUGACGACAUGGACUUGUGUAUCCGAGAACACCGCCAACAGCAUCAUGCUUUUCAAGGGAGAUCAAGUGGUAGAGGUUUCACCUGGAGUUAAGAAGAAUAUAUUCAGAUGUAUCCAAGUGAAUGAAAUAACAAACGAAUCAUAUUUCUAUUACAUUAAAAAUGAUUUCAACGCUGAUGCACAAAAUAAACGGAUAGACGUUGGAAGUUAUGAUCCUUUUGUGACGUCAUUUGACGUCACCACUUUCUGUUUACCUGCCUCAGCACCUGGAGUAGAAGAGUACCAUAUGCUUUUGAAACAAGGGGCUGGAUCCCAGAUACAACAGUGGUGUCCAAAUGCAUUCUUGGGAAAGUUUUCCUAUACUCAUGAUACUGGAAGUUCACAGACAUGUUCCUCUUCCUCUGAGCUUAGCACAUGCUCAGACUGGAGAACAAUGAAGUUUGAUUACUCAAAAUGUGCCACUGUUCAGGCGUUCUCUUCGGAAGGACUUGUACACUGUGUAAAUACCAUCAAAUCAGGUUCUAUCUAUUACACUUCAUUAUUCAAUCCGGGAAUAGUGGAUGGAACGGUGUACCACAGAUUCACAUGCUAUGCCUUCAGUGUUUCUGUUACUGAGAUUCGCGUCUCUGACAGCAGCGGAAGCUGUGAGAGGAACCAGUCGCCUACAACUAAAGCCAAUGAUGGAUCUGGAACUCUUAUUCUAACUCAAAAUCAAAACUGCUACGGUAGCUGUAAUUUCCCGUCCACUUGGAAUGAUAAAUGGUACGACAGUGGUUUGGGAGAUUUCACCUUCAACCAUUCCUCCCACAACCUUCAAGGAUGGUCAGUGACAGUCCACGGUCAGAAGGUCACUUCCUGGACCUGUCAGACACAGGGCAACUCAGAUCAACUGCUGCUCUUUAAAGCUGACCAGAUCAUUGAAGUUAACGGAGUAAAGAAGAAUGUGUUUCGGUGCAUCAAGUGGACAAACAUUACAGACAAUUCUUUCCAUUAUUAUGUCUACAAUGAUGUUGAAAGUAACACGGGUAAUCAGAGAGUGAUGGUAGAGGAUCACGAUCCAUCCAUCCAAUCCUGGAAUAUUUCUAAUUACUGCAAUCCAACCUCUCUGCCAGUGACAGAGGAAUACCAUGUGAUUGUUAAGGAAGGACAAGAAAGCUCCGUCAAACAGUGGUGUCCUAUACCACUUCUAGGCAACUUUACCUACACCCAUAAUGAUGGAUCUACGACUUCAUGUGGGUCCUCCUCGGAACUCACUGUGUGCCCUACCUGGGAUACCCUGACGUUUGACUACACCAAAUGCUCAACUGAACAAAUUUUCUCGAGAGAGGGAAAGGGUUACUGUGUUCAGACGUUGUCGAAAGGAAACACUUUCUUUACAAGCAUUCUCAAUCCUGGAAACGUCACGGGGGCCAGUUAUUAUCGAUUUACGUGUCUUGCAAUAACCGUGUCCGGAACGCAGGUUGCCAUUAGCGAUAACCCUGGAAGUUGUGAAGCAGGUCAAACAGCAACAUUAAAAACCUCGACGGGAAGUGGUGUGUUGACAUUAACGUUAUUAGAUGGAAACUGUACGUUUCCGUUGGAUUGGGCGUCUACAUGGUACGACAGUAGAACAGAAUCGGUUGAAUUUGUCAACGAUAAAGGAACUGUUUCUUCAGGGUGGUCAUUGAUGAUCGACACCAACAAUGUCUCUUCAUGGACGUGUAUGUCAGAUGACGCCAAUAAUCAUCUUCUACUUUUAAAAUCUGACAGCGUAUUGGAAAUCAAUGGAACCAAAAUGAAUGCUUUUAUGUGCAUAGACUGGAAGAAAAUCACUAGCAACUCGUACAGAUACUACAUCAGAACAGAUGAGAAUGCUGACGUCAGCAAUGAACGAGUCACAGUAGAAGCGCAUGAUCCCUCUAUAAUACAGUGGAAUGUCAACACAUAUUGCAACCCAAGCAAUGGGCCCAAGAUUGAACAAUUCCACAUGAUAGUCAAACAAGGUCAGGAAACAACAGUGAAACAAUGGUGCCCUAAUCCUUUACUGGGAACAUUCUUUUACACAAUGGACAAUGGAACCAAUCAGAUGUGUGGAAAUGGGUCACAUGUGGACGUGUGUGCCACGUGGACUACGAUGACGUUUAAUUACACUAAAUGCUCUACAGAAGUAUUUUCAAAGGAGGGAGAGGUAUACUGUCUCUUCACAGUUAUCAGUGGCACUACAUACUACACUUCACUCCUAAAUCCUGGUUUUGUGGAUAACAGCAACUACCAUAGAUUCACUUGUUUAGCUGUUACAUCUGAUGCCAGUUCGGACAAUGUUUACAUAAGCGAGAGUGCAGGGAGUUGUGAACUUGGUCAGCAAUCUACUGUAAAACAGACAGAUGGGAAAGCCAACUACACGUUUACACCUUAUUCCACAUGUCACGGUUCCUGUACAUUUCCAAUACAAUGGGAAAAUGACUGGUACGAUUCUGGCAAGGGUUCCAUUACAAUCAACGCUCCUUCCAAGUCUAUCUCACCUGGCUGGUCAGUCACAGCUUACUCAAAGACUGUGACGUCAUGGACUUGUCAAGCAGAAGACACCUCCCAAAAUUAUUUGUUGUUCAAGUCGGACCAAACUGUUGAAAAUGGAGGUACUCAGUACAAUCUUUUCCGGUGUAUUAAAUGGCGGGAAAUAACACCAUAUUCUCACUUUUACUAUGUGCAAGCAGAUGUGAAUUCGAAUGCCCUGAAUGAAAGAGUAUAUAUAGAAUUGUACGACCCAACUGUGACCUCAUGGAAUACGUCAACAUACUGCAACCCAACCUCAUUGCCAAAACUAGAAGAAUAUCACGUAAUGGUUAAGAAAGGUUUUGAGUCUCAAGCAGCCCAGCCCUGUCCUCCUAUAUUAAUUGGUCGUUUUACCUACACACACGACAGCGGUACGACCCAGACGUGCAGCAGCAGCUCAUCACUGGCUGUUUGUCCCUCGUGGAAUACCAUGACAUUUGACUACACUAAAUGUCCAACAGAACAAGCUUUCUCAAAGGAAGGAAUUGUUAACUGUUUGGUGUAUUUAAGCUCUGGGUCUACUGUAUUUACCUCCGUCCUGAAUCCAGGUGACAUCACAGAUAGUCGCCAUAGUCUAUUUACUUGCUACGCUUCAACAAGAGCUAAUGAUACUGUGUAUAUGAGCGACAAUAAAGGGAGUUGCUUUCCAGGGCAGACUCCUACAGUAAAGCAGACAGACGGGUCUGGAACUCUUAGCAUGAGUUAUCAAGACUCUUGCAUCGACAAACCACCAGGCAGUGCUGACGAUCGCUGCACUUUACCCGCGGGUUGGGAUGGCGACUGGUAUGACAGUGGUAUGCGUGACAUAUGGAUCAGCGCACGCACCAAAACAGUGACUUCCGGUUGGGACAUCUCUGUUUCAACAACUUCUCUUACGUCCUGGUCCUGUGUUACAAGCAAUGAUACGGGAUCGUUUUUACUUUUCAAAGCGGAUCAGCUGGUAGACUAUAAUGGAACCUUUUACUCUGCAUUUCGAUGUAUAGAGUGGACACAAAUUACAGGCAGCUCCUACAUGUAUUAUCCUAUGACAGAUGAAGAAUCACUGGCAGCAAAUGCAAGGAUAAAGCUUGAAGUGCAUGAUCCUACCAAACUGACAUGGAAUACUUCCGACUAUUGCAAUCCUUCCAAUCCUCCAAACACGGAACAACUUAACGUCAUUGUGAAGAAAGGAAAUGAGAAUGAAGCAAAACAGUGGUGCCCUUCACCGUUGCUUGCUAAAUUCACGUAUAAGCACGUGACAGAUAACGGCACGGAGACCUGUACCGGUGUCUCAUCUCUGGACGUGUGUACAAACAGAACAACAAUGACUUUUGAUUACUCCAAAUGUUCCACGACUCAGGCCUUCUCAAGUGAAGGAAUCCUGUAUUGUGUAAAAACAUUGGUGGUUAAUGGCGUAUACUAUACAUUGGUCCUGAAUCCUGGUUCCGUUGAUAAUAUCUUCUAUCACAGGUUCACCUGUUUGGCAACAACAAAAACAGGAGAUGUUGUCUAUACAAGUGAUAGACAGUCCAUUUGUGCAAUGAAUCAGUCCUCAGUUGCUGUGACUGAAGGAGGCAGUGGUACACUAGAAAUGACACCAACAGAGACGUGUGAUUUCACCACUCAGACUGAUGAGAGCAAACCUGGGGGAGGUGUGGCAACAGGAGCAGUCAUCGGAGCUGUCAUCGGCAUUCUCCUCAUUCUUCUCAUCGCCCUUAUUAUCGCUUGUGUCGUCUUUAAAUACAUCAAGCACAAAAAAGCAAAAGUUCAUAACGACCAUCAAAAGAAAAAGCCACUUCCAGAGAGUGAUAGUGAAACACCAAGAGCACUCAAUUUAAAUGUGGAUGAUAUGAAAAAGAACUUUGCCUUGCCACCAUUGCAACAUAAUGCAACUCCAGCUGGUAACAUUCCCCCAGUAGUUAAACCCCCUGAUCAUCCCCCACCAUCACAUUUGCCCCCAGUACCAGUCAAUACAAGCACACCAACAAAGCAGAAGAAGAAAAAGAAACAUAAAAAGGAUAAAAAGAGCAAAGAAAAUGGAGGUCCUCAUACGGAUCAUGCGAAGCGGGAUGCACCAAAACCGGAUGUGAUAAGCGGGACUUCCGCUAUUGAACUUGAGGAAGAAUAUGACGAAGCAAUAAGAGACAUAUUAGCUACAGUAGACAUUGACUGAGGUUGAUAACUACAUUAUGAACCCUGGUGCUGAUUUUGUGGAACAAGAAAUUCCCUGCAAUACUUUUAAUGUUCCUUGAAGCUUCAAUCAAGACUGUGAUAGUUUGCCAUACCUUGUUUUAAAAGUUGUUUUUUUAAUGUUGUGUUUUUUGAAUUUUUAAGAUUAAAUUUA